UAUCAAUCUGCAAAUGGUUUUUGGUCACGAGUUGAGGCUAAGUACAAUGAACAACGUCAACAAAAUCACGAGCAUCGUAAUGCACGUUCACUGCAUUCAAGAAUGGAUACAAUAAGUAUUCAGACACGGAAGCUAAAUGGGUGUGUGAAGCAAGUUGAGAAUUUAAAUCCAAGUGGUGCUUCUGAAAAAGAUAUUCUGGAUCGUGCUAAAGUUUUAUUUAUGCAAGAUCCAAAAUAUUCUAAAGGUUUUAAAUUUGACCAUGUUUGGGAUAUGAUUAAAAAUUUUGAAAAAAUUAAAGAUAAUGUGUCAACUACAAGACAUGCUGCUCCACAAAAAGACAAGUCAAUUACGACUCUUCCCAAUCAGACUCCCAUCCACCAUCUCCAAUUUCCUCAUCACUUGGAUUGUCAUCUUCGUUCAAUAAAGAAGUUGAUACUGAUUCCGGGUCAGAUUUUUCAAAACGGCCAAUAGGGGUAAAAAAGCCAAAUUGAAGAAGAAAAACGAUGAAGACACUACUGUUUUGCUUAAGUCAGUUAAGAGCGACAAUGAGCAACUUAUAGAGAUGUUGAAGAAAUUGUCAUUAGAUCGAUAGGAACAAUUGCAAAUCCAGCGACAAAAUAUGGCAAACAAAGAACAAAGGAGAGAAGAUAAAAUUAUGUUCAUGGAUUUGAAUCCUAGUCACGAUCCACAACGCGCGAGCGUAUAUCAUUGCAGAAAGAUCAAGAAUUUUACAAAAAAAUCUCAAGAAAGAGGAUCAUCGGCUGGAUUUGGGAAUCUAUUUGAUGGUCUUGGAGGGUCUGGAAGCGGG